AUGAGGGACAGUAACCUGUUGGGUACUCCUGGGGAAGUCACAGCUGAGGAACUUAGGCAGCGUCUUGAUGGAGCUAAAGAACGUGUAUCGUCUCAACCUCCUCUCGAGCACCCUGCUCAAACUGCUGGUUCUGGAGACCAACAAGCUGUUAGCGACGUUGAGGAGAGAUUGCCUAAUGGACGUAGACAACCAGGAAAUGCAGAACCAGGGGGAGAGCCAUCAAAUGGAGAUUCAUUAUUGGAGUGGCUUAACACUUUCAGACAACACCGCAUCUAUUCGCACUUCAUCUGCCUUUUCUACCCAUCGGCCUUCUCUAGCAUCCAGGCCAGCCCCAUAUCCCACCCCACGUCCACCGCUUAG